AUGAUUUCUAUAAUUUUGAUUGAUGAAAAAUUCCAAAUUAAAAAACAACAGAAAUUUGCAAGAAUUAUCUAUUUAAGUUUAUAUUAAAACGGCAGUUUAUAAGUUAAAUUAACUCAACGAAUACAAAAAAUCAAGUUUUUAUAUUUAUAAUAAAUGAGUAGGUAAGCAAAUACUAAAAUAAAAUUUAGACAUAAGAUCAAGAAGAAAUAGAUCUAAUCUGAAUAUAGUGGAAUUACUAAAUUUGUUAAUUCAAAAAUAUUGAUAAAUAUCUUUAAUCAGUUUUUCAAAUUUAAUGAAUUUACAUUUACUUAGAGACAUAAGUAGCAAAAUAAAUAAAUAGAUUAUUCAAUCUUAGAUAACGGCUUAUUUUCCCAAAACGCUUCAGAAUAAUUAAGGUUGUUAUUCUCCAGGAUUCUUUCAGCUUGUUUUCUUUUAAAUGAUUUCAAAUCAAAUCUAAACCAUUUAUUAGUUUAAAUUUAAUUACCCAAAAUAAGAUAUUUUCAAUUAGGAAAUUCAAAUAUUCGUUUAAUUAAGUUGUAUUUUAUAUUAAAUAAAAUGAUACACUAAGUUUUGUAAAAUAAUUUUCCACAACAGAUAUAAGUUACUAAGGAAUUUUAAGAAGAGGGUGGCUUAAUACCUAAUGAGAAUGAUGAUUAUAUGUUAAUAUAAAAGAAGUUUUAGUUCAAACUGUCUGAUAACAAUGAAAUUCUUUAUGCAGUUGAUGGAAGAAUAAUUAGAAUUGAUUCCAAUGGGGCCCAAUAAAUAAUGACGAAUUUAGAAUAAAUUAACCAUCUACAUUGGAAUGGCAAGUGGGACUAGAAUUUCAAAAAAAUAGGAAAUUGGACUGCUUAAUGGAAAGACGAUUAUGAGGGAGUAGGAGGAUUCUACAAUGAAAAUGGCAAUAAACAAGGGAUUUGGAAAGAGAUGAUAAUUAACUUUUGGGACUAAGCAAAAGUGUAUGAGAUAGGUGAAUAUGUAAAUGGAAUUAGAUAAGGUGCUUGGAUCUAUGUGUUCGAAAACAAAAAAGAUGUAAAGAUUUUGUUUUCAUUUAGUGGAGGAGGAAUUUAUAAGGAAAAUGGAUUAAAAAAUGGUAGGGUGGUUAGAACUUCGUGA